AUGUAUGGGGCAGGCUCCCACUCCCUGAAGUAUUUCCAAAACUACAUCUUGGACCCCAGUCAGGGACGGUCAUACUAUGUUACUGUGGGUUACGUGGACGGCCAACUCUUCUCUUCCUACGAUAGCAACAGCAGGAAGGAGCAGCCUCGAGUCUCCUGGAUGGAGAAGUUGGAGAAGGAAUAUUGGGACAGUCAGAGCCAUAUUGGACGUCUCAAUGAGGAGAGGUUCAGAAGAAACCUGGAGAGUCUGAGGAAUCGCUACAGUCAGAGCGAAGGCUUUCACAUGAUACAGCAGACGUUCGGCUGUGAGGUACGAGAAGACGGGAGCAAACUAGGGUUUGAGCAUCAUGGAUAUGAUGGGAAGACCUUCCUCACCUUCGACAAGGAGACAGCCAGCUGGGUGGCUCUUGACUCCCAGGCUCAGAUCACCCAGAGGAAAUGGGAUGCUAUUCCAGGAUUCAAUCAGAAACUGAAGUCAUACCUGGAUGAGUACUGCAUUGAUUGGCUGGAGAAGUACCUUUCGUACGGGAACAAGACCCUGCUGAGAACAGAGACCCCAGUGGUGACGGUGAGCAGCAGGACGGAGGCCGAGGAUGGGAUGGAGACGCACGUCUGCCGAGUGGAUGGCUUCUACCCCAGAGAGAUCGAUGCCACCUGGAGGAGAGAUGGGGAGGUCUGGCUGCAGGACACCCUCCAAGGGUCUGUGGCCCCCAACGCAGAUGGGACCUUCCACUACUGGCUCAGCAUCCAGAUCGACCCCAAAGACAGGGGCCGUUAUCGGUGCCACGUGGAGCACGACGGCCUGAAGGAGCCUCUGGACGUGGCCCUGAAGGAAUCCAAAUUGGGGCUCAUCAUCGGCUGCAUUGUGGCUGGUCUUGUCCUGAUGUGUGCGAUUGCUGGGAUCUGGUUUUUCAAGAGAUAUCAAAAGGCUACAGAGCCGCCUCAAGUGAGUGAUUUUUCCUCUUUACAUAUGAGCGCCAAUUCAGAGCCGGCAUCAGACAUCCUGUGAACAUGGCCGAUGGAUGAGAAGCCCAGGAAAGCUUGUCUCUAUGGUUUGUUAUUUUUUCAACUUAACCAACAGGAAGAAACAGGAAUUCCUUUUGUUUAUGUACCUUUCCUGGAUUAGGAGGAGUCCUAGAAUCAUCCUACAAGAUCCUCCAUAAAGCAGCAGUUUGCAAGAAGCUUCCGGAGCUGUGGUUUGGAAUAGUCGGAGAGCUGGAAGCUUGGUGGGGCUGCAAUCACCUUAUUGUUGAAAAAGCAGCCAUUUUGGAAUUUAUUUUUCAAACUG